AUGGAGGCGGCGGUGGGUAUGGAGCCCCUGGUGGAGGCCGUGGGGCUGGAGGCUCUGAAGGGCCACAUCCACACAGUCCCCCACCCGCGCUCCACAGUGGUGCGAGUCUUCCUCAGCUCAACUGGCUCAGAUAUGACAGUAGAGAGGAGUGUGCUGAUGGAGAAGGCCUAUCCUGACAUCCAGAACUUCUGCCACAGUCUAGGCCUGACCUUUGAGCUUGUGGACUUGCGCUGGGGAGUGCGAGACAUGGUGUCUGUGGACCACAUGACCACUGAACUGUGUCUAGAGGAGAUCCAGGCAUGCCAACGCAUCUCUGCUGGGCCUGCAUUCACUGUCUUAUUGGGGAACCGCUACGGCCACCGGCCUCUCCCCCGCGUCAUCUCCGAGCGAGAGUUUGAGCUGCUGGUUGGCAAGGUGUCCGACCUCGACGACGUCAAGUUUAUCAACAAAUGGUAUUGGAGGGAUGACAACAAUGUCCCGCCCUCCUACGUCCUUCAGCCAAUCACCAGACAUUUUGCCCACUACGACAACAUGUCCGCGGAGUGUGCGGAGCUGCGUGACAAGGACGCCCUGUCCUGGCAGUACACUGAGGCACGCCUCCUCAAGCUGCUCCACAGCGCCGCCCUGGAGGCCGAGAAGGCAGGACAGAUCACCCCAGAGCAGAGGAACAACUACUUCAAGUCUGUGACAGAGUGUGAGAUAGAGCAAGGCCUGCUGUCCGCCGGGACCCCAAGCGCCACCUCGGCCACAUCCCUGGUGUUGGUCCGCGAGCUGCCCAAGCUACGCAAGAAGGACGUGCAGAAGAACCCGGCGGCCUUCACCGACGUCACGGUAGACGGUCUGGUGGACACGGAGGCGCAGGAGCUCCUCUCCAGCCUGAAGGCGCGCCUCCUCUCCGCCUGCUCCUCCUCCUCCUCCUCCUCCUCCUCCUCUUCCUCCUUCUCCUCCUGCGUCCAGCUCAGCUGCCCGGAGCUCAGCAAGGCAGGAGUCCUGGAGCCCAGCCGUAAGGAGCACGCGCAGUACCUGGACCAGCUGUGCCAGCAGUUCACCUCCCAGAUCAAGGAGAGGAUCAGGGAGACAGUCGGAGAGGGGAGCACAGGUGUGGGGAGCUGGCUCCACCAGGAGAUCCACCACCAUGCCAGCAUGUGUGCCCGCGAGUGUGCCGUGUUCCGCGGCCGGGAGAGCCUGCUGGGCAAGGUCUGCCUCACCAUGUGGGAUCGGACCGGCGCCAGGCACGCGCCCCUGGUCCUGGUCGGGCCGCCGGGUGUCGGCAAGACAGCGCUGAUGUGCAAGCUGGCCCAGGAGAUGCGCGGCGUGCUGGACCCGCGGGCCGCCGUGGUGCUGAGGCUUCUGGGUACGUCCCGUCUGAGCUCCGACCUCCAAACACUGCUCAGGGGCGUCUGUCUGCAGAUCCGCGGGGCGUUUGGCCUCUCGUCGUCGCAUCCCGCCACGCUCUCCACCCAGGUGCUGGUGCGGGUGUUUCGGCAGGCCCUGGAGGAGGUGUCUGCCCGUGGGGACAUGCUGCUGCUCCUCCUGGACGGCCUGGAGCUGCUCUUCCCCGCGCACAACGAGCUGGUGCGGGCGUUUCGGCAGGCCCUGGAGGAGGUGUCUGCCCGUGGGGACAUGCUGCUGCUCCUUCUGGACGGCCUGGAGCUCCUCUCCCCCGCGCACAACGCCCUGAAGCUGCACUGGCUGCCCAGGGACCUACCGCCCAACGUCCACCUGGUGGUGUCGCUUCCGGACACGGCCGCGUCCCUGCUGGGUCGCCUGCGGGCCACCACCAUCGAGGAGGAGCUGCAUGGGAGCUUCUUCGAGCUGGAGCCGCUGACUUGCGAGCAGAGCAAGGGUGUGGUGGAGGCGUACCUGAGCGCUGCGGGGCGUGCCCUGCAGAAGGAGCAGGAGGAGGUGCUGAUAAGGAGGUUCAAGAAGAGUGGCGGCGGCAGCCCUCUGUUCCUACACAUGGCGCUACAUACAGCCCUGCAGUGGACCUCGCACACACACACUGCUGAUCUCCAGGUGGGUGAGUCAUCGCAGGAGGUGGUGGAUCUGCUGCUGCAGUCACUGGAGAAGAAGCACGGGAGACUGCUGACUAGCAGAGCACUCACGUACAUCGCCUUAGCCAGAGAUGGCCUGUCGGAGGCUGAGUUACGGGACGUCCUGUCUCUAGACGAUGAGGUGCUGGCUGAGGUGUACCGUCAUUGGCUGCCCCCAAGCUCCUCCUCCCUCAUCCACAUGCCCCCGCUGCUGUGGACGCGACUCAGGAAAGACAUGGGAGAGCUGCUGGUGGAGAGGCAGGACGCAGGAAGACACCUGCUCACCUUCUACCACAGACUUGUGCGUGAGCAGGUGCAGCAGCGGUACCUGGACGGGGAGCAGCGGUCGGAGAGGCACGCCGUCAUGGCAGACUACUUCCAGGGGAUAUGGAGCAACGGACGACCCAAACCUCUCCAGCUCCCCCCUCUACACUCCAAGCUAGACGCAGACAGGAAGGUGCCCUGUCAGCCCCUGUGGUUUGCGGAGGGCGUGGCCAACCUCAGGAAGUUGAGGGAGCUGCCGUUCCACCUGCUGCAUGCGGACAGAUGGGAGCAGCUCUGCGGAUUCAUAGUCGGCAGCAUGGAGUGGCUGAGCUGUAAGACGGCAGUGUGUGGUGUGGGCAGCGUGCUGGAGGACCUGUCCCUCUGCACCACGCUGUACGAAUGCCCAGAGCUGCAGCUCAUACAGGACACAUUCACACUCAUCAAACCCACACUAGACCUCAUCGAGGGACACGCCGACUCAUCCCUGUUGUACACUGAGCUCUUCGCCCGGCUCCACUGCUUCACCGAGACCUACCCUGCCCUGAUAGGCCGCCUGUGUUCCCAGUGUCAGGAUUGGUUCACGGCAUGUCCUGACCCCACCCUCAUCCCCAAGAGUUCCUUCCUGCCUCUCCCCGGGGGAGUGCUGACGAGCCUCUCGGGCCUCAAAACAGGUGUUUCAGCGGUGGAUGUUUGCCCCACCAAUGACCUGUUGGUAGCGGGCUCGGAGGACGGGAUGGUGACGGCCUGGAACAUACGAGACCAGGAGGUGGUCCACACACUAGCUGCACACACAGGUCCCGUGCUGGCCUUGAGAGUGGUGUGUGGUGGCAGCUUGUGUCUAUCGUGUGGAGCUGACGGAGCUCUGAGCUGCUGGAGCCUGAAGACGGGAAGACAACUCUACUGCCUACAGGAAGCCGUCAGCUGCAGUACACACACCAGACCUGCAGAGGGCAGCAGUGAGCACAACACGAGUCAACAGAACACGAGUGAACAGAGCACUAGUGAACAGAACUGCCCCACUAGGACAGAGAAAACCAGGGCAUUGGACACUAGUGAACAGAACACCAGCACCGAGAACAAAGAGAACAGUGGAGAAGAACAUUCCACCACGGAACAUUCCAACAGCACAGAGAACCCUAGUGACCCAAACACUAUUCUAAAGGUGACCGGUACACAGACCUCUGUGUCUCAGAAGAACAUAAGGUCACAGAAGGUCACAGCAGGGUCUUCAACAGGCGCACUCUGCACCCCUCUCUGCUGUGUAGUGGAGGAGAGUGCUGUGAUCUUCACACAGGCUCCAAAACAGUGUGUAAAAGCCUGGCACCUGGAGUCGGGGGAGUCCCUGUACGAGGUGGGGCCCCCGGGCCAGAGCACGAUGCUGGGGGCCCUGGGUGGCUGCGUGUGUGUGCUGUCUGGAGGAGACCUGCUCACCCUCUACAAGGCCUCUACAGGGCUGGAGACCUCGCAGAUACGCCUCAACAGCCCAUCGACAUCGACAUCGCCACACACACACGGCACUGCACACACACAUGGCCCCUCACACACACUCAGCCCCUCACACACACAUGGCGACCUACACGCACUCAGGCCCUCACACACAGAGAGCAGAGACACACACACACUCACUCCCAUCUGUGUGCUCCAACUGGUCAAGCAGAACAAGCUCCUCGUGGCCUCCAGAGAGGGAUUCAUAUUCCAGGUUUCUAGCAAUGGCACCUACAUCACAGUUGAGCUCCCCAGCCCUGCGUCAUUCCUCUCUGCAUCUGAAGAUGAGAAGACCGUCUUAGCAGGUUGUGGCAGUCUGUUGGUGGUACUGGAGGUUCAGCAGCACAACUCCCUGCAGAAGCUGCUGGAGCUCCCUCUGGGGGCCACCGUGCGAACUGCAGCGGCCUCCAGCCAGGCUGGACUGCUCGUCACUGCAGCACAGGACCAGCUGAUUAAGGUGUGGUCUCUGCCUUCCGGAACCCUCCAGGACACGUUUGACGCUGGAGACCCUUUUGUGACAUCACUGGCGAUCUUUGGCCAGGCGGUCGUCUCCGUCUCGUCCUCGUCCUCGUCCUCGUCGUCCUCCUCCUCCUCCUCCUCAGGGUCGCUGAAGCUCUGGAAGCUGACCUCUGACCCCAAGAUGAGGGCCAGGACCUCCAUGCCAGCACACUGCCCCCUUGUGGCCAUCUCCAAAGACAGCCAGAGCGCCUUCUUCGUGCACCGCGACAACCGCAAGGAGAUCUACACCUGGGACUGCACCACAGGUGAAAUCACAAGGAAGUCCCAGGAUGCCAUGGACGCGUCCGCGGAGGUGCGGUGCCUGGAGCUGGCGCAGCAGAAGAGGCUGCUGUUCUGUGGCCUGCGCACCGGCACCGUCAUGAUCUACCCCUUAGACUUCCCCCAGGAGACCCUGUGCAUACCGCCCCUCAAGGACACACCACAGAUCCAGAGCAUGUCCAUCAGCCCCCGUGAGGAGUGUGUUGCGGUGGCCUACGAGGACGCAGUGUGCCUGUUCGAGGUGACGGCGCGGGACAGCUUCCCCUGCGUGGACGGUCCCGUGGGCCGCUUCCCCCUGGCCCAGCUGCCCUCGGCCCUCUCCUGCAUGGCCCUCAUGCCCAGCCACAGGCUGCUGUGCGGGGGGGAGGCCGGCCACGUGACCCUCUGGAGCUGCAAAAACAAGGGCUCCUCCACGGGCUCCACCUCCACCCCCCUGGAGCCUGGGCAUGCGGCCCGCAUCACCUGCAUCGCCCUCAGCCACUGGAGCAACCAGGCCCUGGUGGGCUCCCAGGACUGUGUCCAGAAGCUCUGGAGCCUCUCCCCUCUACUACUGGACCACACCAUGGAGUACAAGGGCUUUGUGUUUGAAGGCGUGCUCUGUGCCGCAUUCUCUGUAAACGACAAGUACGUCUUCACAGGAUCCCUGGACAAGACCAUUAAAGUCUGGGAUGUGGCCAGUGGUGAUUUGCUGUGUGUGCAGUACGUUUACUCCCCCAUUAUCAAGAUAGCUGCCCAUAAGGACGGCAUAGUCGGCGUCUCCCAGCAGGGGCGCUUCGUCAAGGAAGGGUUCCGCUGUCCCGCCCAGGUCCGGCCGGGCUUCAACCCCCUGCAGAACUUCCAGGCCCAGCUGAAGGUCAUCUCACGCGAGAGGACACUGGACCCACAGAACGCGGACGCCAGAGAUGGCCAAUGCUACAACCUCGCAAACGUCAACCUGAUGUCCAUGUUCAAGGCCAGGCCAUCAACAAGCAACACAUGUGUACUGCUGUAGC